AUGUUAAGGAUACGCAGUAGGUAUUGUACAAUAAGGAGAGUUUCCAACUUGUCGUCAUAUUCAAUUCGUUACAGUUCCUCAAUAUCUUUGAAAGUCGAAGCUGAACCACCAGCAAACAAAUUAAAUAAAAAAGAUUUGCAAAAUAACCAAUUUGCUAAACAAGCACCAAAUCGUCAAGUUACCUGGUCACCAUCGCAAGAGGAGAGAAUAGAGGUUAUUUCAAAGUUCCCAUAUAGGUUUACUCAAAGAGACUUGGAAAAGCAACCAAGACCUUAUGCUGCAAUUGAUUUAAUCGCUAAAGAGCCAAUAAGAUAUCUAACUGCAAACCAAGGAAAUAUCGCAGUAUGUGACGGAAACCGCGGUAACACAUUGCAGGGUCAUCCCAAGGUGUUUAUCAAUUUGGAUCAACCUAAAGCUUCUACUUGUGGAUAUUGUGGGUUGAGAUAUGCCAAAGAAGAGUUUAAAGAGAUUAUUGAAAAGGGUGAAACACCGACACUAUAG